UGCUUGCAUAUUCUCUCGAUCGUUGGGGUGUGCGCGCGUGGUGUGUGGAAAGAUGAACCCUAACUAUAAAAUAAUUGGGGAAUCGUUUGUGAACUCUUACUACCAGCUUUUCGACACCAACCGGGCCGAACUGGCGAAUUUUUAUACUGCAGAUUCCAUGAUGACAUUCGAAGGAAACCAAUUCGGAGGAACAGAGGCAAUUAAAAAAAAGCUAGUAGAGUUGCCAUUUGUUACUGUUAAACAUGUAGUAACCACUGUGGACUGUCAGCCAACUGUACAAAACGGAGUGGUUGUCUAUGUAGUUGGGCAACUUAAGACAGACAAUGAUCCUCCUCAUAGCUUCAGUCAGUGUUUUCUCCUGAUGUACAAUGAACAACUGGCCUCAUAUUGUGUUCUCAACGACAUGUUCAGGCUGUCGCUGCACCACCAUGCUUAACACUACAGCUGUGAUUUUGUAUUCACUGCAGAGAGACCUGAUUAUUUUAGCCAUGUAUGGAUUAGAUAAGAAUCAAGGACUGAAGUGUUUUACAGCAAUCAAGCAAUUAUUGUUUGCCUUGUACUAUAAGAUAGCUUAAUGUGGCAUGGUUGUGUGCUUGCAAAAGUGUUACUGAACAGGGACAAUUCCGAAAAGCUUGAGAGAACAAACUUCUUUUGCAUGCCUAUCCAGCCUCGAGUGAGAGAGAUCUUUCAGCCAAGAAAUUUCAUGCUAAUAACAACAUAAUGGAAAACCUUGUUGACUGUGUGAUUGUUUGUUGGUUAUUUUUUACGCACAAAAAGGAAGCCAGUGAGAGUUGCUGCUCGGGAAAGUUCUAUUUUGACUGUUUCUGUGCAAAAGAUUGACUUCUUGCCGUUGCUACUCUGUUGGAAAAAUUGACUAUCGACAUUCAAAACAGUAAAAGAAUUUUAGACAAACCUAAAUGGCAACUGCUUAUUAAGUUACUGGUUUUGAGUAUUCAGAAAUUAAACUUACUAAACAAAUGCA